GCGCGCGAGGAGGGGCGGGGCCCGCGGCGCGGCGGUGCCAUGUGUGCCGAGCGCUGCCCGGGCGCGGAGUCCGCCUCAGAGCGGGGGCAGCGGCUGCCGGGCAGCGCUGCGCUCUCCCGCCCGCAGGCCCCCGCCCCGGGCGGGGAGCGAGCCCGGGCCAUGUGCUCCGUGCGGGGCUUCCUCUACGGCUACUUCUGCCUCGCCAGCCGGGCGGCCACCCGCCGUGCCCUGCUGCUCUGCCAGAGGGCGGUGGGGACCUCCUCCGCUGUGCCCGGGCCGCCGCUGCUCGGCGGUACCCGCCGGUGCCUCCUCGCCCUCCGCGGGCUGAGUCCCGCCGCCCGCUGGGCGGCGGCAGGGCGUGGGGCGGCGGGGCCCAGGCCGUGCGCGCCGCGGCGGCGGGACAGCAGCGGACUGGGGGCGGCGGGUGGCGGAUUCCGGCCGUCGCGGGUGGCGGUGGUGGUGAAGACGACGCGGUACGAGUUCGAGCAGCAGCGGUACCGCUACGCCGGGCUCUCCGAGGAGGAUCUCAAGCAGCUGCUUGCCUUGAAGGGAUCUAACUAUGCUGGCCUGCUGGAGCGGCAUCGCAUUCAUACAAAAAACGUGGAGCACGUUGUAGAGAGUUUACGGAACGAGGGGAUAGAAGUUCGUCUUGUAAAACGUCGUGAAUAUAAUGAAGAAACAGUUCGGUGGGCAGAUGCUAUUAUAUCAGCAGGAGGUGAUGGUACAAUGUUGUUGGCAGCCAGUAAAGUCUUUGAUAAAUUUAAACCAGUUAUUGGAGUAAAUACUGAUCCUGAAAGAUCAGAGGGUCACUUGUGCUUGCCUGUAAGAUACACACAUUCGUUCCCUGAAGCGCUACAGAAGCUUUAUUGUGGUGAGUUCAGGUGGCAGUGGCGGCAAAGAAUCCGACUGUAUCUUGAAGGAACUGGUAUUAACCCAGCCCCUGUAGAUUUGCAUGAACAGCAGCUAAGCCAAGAGCAGCACAGCAGGGCUCACAUAAAUGAAAGGUUCCAGGAUCAAAGGUCUGACAUUUCUGGUCCACAUCUUUUACCAGUGAGAGCACUCAAUGAAGUCUUCAUUGGGGAAUCUCUUUCCUCCAGGUAUGCUGUGUGUUCUGUCUUAUUCAGGGAGAACUUUAAGUCCUGCAAACCCAGUUUUAAAUUCUCGCUUCAUAGGGCAUCCUAUUAUGAGAUAUCAGUUGAUGAUGGUCCUUGGGAAAAACAGAAGAGUUCAGGGCUUAAUGUGUGUACUGGAACAGGAUCAAAAGCAUGGUCCUAUAAUAUUAACAAGGUAGCACAUCAAGCUGUUGAAGAGAUCCUUAAGAUAGCUAAAAAGCAUGGAGGUUUGAAUAUGCCAUUGAACAUGGAACUAGUACAAAAAGUAACAAAUGAUUACAAUGAGUCCCUUCUCUACAGUCCAGAAGAACCAAAGAUGUUUUUCAGUAUUCGAGAACCUAUUGUAAACAGAGUUUUCUCAAGUACUCAGCAGCGUGGCUUCUCUUCAAAAGUGUGUGUCCGUUCCCGUUGUUGGGAUGCAUGUAUGGUUGUAGAUGGAGGAACAUCUUUUGAGUUCAAUGAUGGGGCGAUAGCAUCAAUAAUGAUUGAUACGGAGGAUGCACUGUGCACUGUUGUGCUGGAAGAAUGAAGGAGCCUAGUGUUUUCUGCUGAAACAAUUCUGGAUCCAGAAAGGGAACUCCUGGGGAUAGACAGCACAUCACAAUGCUGCAUUAAGUUGGAAGUUGGCCUUUUUGGAUGCAAGAGCAUUUGGAGGAAGCUUUUCAUUCCUUUGGGUUGGGGAUAUCUUAGCCUGAUAUUUAAGCUCUUUUUGCAUCUGGUGUAAAAGAAAUAUAUCGGAAGUCUUACCUCUAACUUCAGUGAAAAUGGACAUUUUAACCUGUAAGGCAAACAUGAGAAAAAGCUCUUUUUAAACACAGGUAGAUAGGUUAGGUAUCAAGGCAGUAGCAUUAAAUACUGAGAUGUACAGUUUUUUAGUAACAGUCUGGGACUGAUGUAACUAAACACCUUCAUACAUAAAACUUUUGUAGAGAAGUUGACUGUCAAUCUGGUGAUCUGAUGCAAGAAUAUAUAGAUUUUGGUAAAUUCUGAUGUUGAUGUAAUAGAAAUGGAAAUACAAACCUUUUGUAUGCUUUUCAAAAAUUUUACAACUUUGUAGUUUCAUACGACUUCUGACAAUUUUUUUUUUCCUUUUCCAGUAUUUUUUCUACUUUGUAGAUGUUCAUGAAAAGUCUGGUUUAAUCAUAUCUUGAAUGAGGUGGCUCUUACCUUUUCCCUUUGGCUAGAAAGGGACUUGAAACCCAAGGGUGUUCUUGAACCCUUUAACAGGAAUAUACAAAGUGUAGGACACACGUUGAAGUAAGAUAUAUUCGUUCACUGAAUGAGUUAGCUAGCUAGCAAUGUUCAGUCACAAUAGUGUAUGUAGGUGGCUGUCAUUAAGGAAAAUAUUUGGCCUUAUUAAGUUGAAUGGUUUGGAAUUUUAGGUUCCGAGUUUCUUUGUAAUUGAAGAAUGCAGUGUGCUGGUAGUUGGAGCACAAGUUAGUACCUGUAUGUCUCCCAGUUUUCCAAGUAUGAGUCUUUAACUUCCCCACAAAGUUUAAAUUUCCAAUCUUAUGUGGAAUUCUACUGAUACCUAGUUGGCAACAAAUUAAUUUCAAUUUUACAUGCCCGUAAUCAUGUGUUAGGUAAGCAAGUUGAUAGUAGAAAAAAAGGCUCUUAGAGAAGAGGAAGGGACUUUUCAGAUAGGUUUUUUUAGAGAAGCUGUGAACUAUGACUGCCUUUCACAGUCUGUGCUGAUAAUUACAUAGAUGAGAGGGCAGAAUUUGACAAAAUGAAGAUUCCUGCAGCAGGAACACUUCUGCUACAUGACUUGAAACAAAUGUGUUUUGUUCUGUCUACAGAUUAUUUCCAAAAGUGAGUUUUCUUCCCACUACUUUUGAAUGGAGAGACUUCUUCAACAGAUGUUCUCAGGUCUAAUGGAAACAUUUUCUGGUGUGGCCAAUCAGUGUAUUUAUUGCCAAUCAAAAAAUGUAAACUGAUCUUUAUAGAUGGAAGAAGUGGAUAAAGCAUUUUUCCUUCUGCUACUGAAGUGUUUGUACUCACUAUAAACCAGAACUUAGACGAAACAGAUUUGACCAGACCAUUCAAUUCUAGGAAAAUGUGAUACGGAUGGAGCUCUUUGAAUAAGCUGUCACUGUUUGUGUACAUUUCACCUUUUAAGUGUGCUGUAGAUUGUUAUUUACACUGUCUGCUUGAGUUAUCAGGAUUGCAGACAAGGGGAUAAUCAAAGUAACCAAAUACUCUUUCAAAACUAUGUAUGUUAAGGAACUAUCACAAUACAGCUCUUAGUGUCUAAAAUAAUCUGCAAAAUUGGUAUAAAGGUAGAGAUGCAAAAGAGUGAUCUUUCUUUAGAAAGUUGGAUGCACAAAGACCAAGGUGUUUAAACUAUUCCUAAUCCAUCUAUAACCACUUAAGGAUGGUUUAUGUGCCUCUGUCUAGUACACUAGUCAAGAUGCUGUUAAGAUUAAAAGAAACCCACCCAACCAACCAAUGCCAGUAACACUAAUUUAUGACUUCCUAUGACUUUACCACUGUGUUAGAUCAGCGGUUUCGGUAUUGAAAGUGUCCUUGAAAACCUGCAUAGACAAAUUCACAACAGAAACCCUGUCCCCUACUUGGAGACAUUUGUGUGCUGUCAUGCUUUCACAGAGACCUAUGAGUCUGAUCAGGGUACAUACCUCUUAAAGAUGCCUGUCAUUCCUUGUUACAAACAUUGAGACUAAAAGACAGUGUUUUCAGGCCCUACAGAGCCAACGUAUGAUCUGCUUUAGGGCUUAGUAAGAGAUUUCACAGUCAAAUUCCUAACUUGCUUAGCAAAAUGUAAACUUGAUCUACUCAUGAGUGGCCUCUACUGGUUUUGUCUGUAUUAAAUUGCACUUCUGUUGAAGCAUUUACUAGUGAAUGCUUGGUUUAAAUAACUAGGAUGAUUCAGAGAUCUGUAACAGAUGAGCAGUAAGCAGCUAGUAAGAAUUGUAGGAUCCUUUAUCACAAGGGAUUGCAGUACCGAGAACUUACCUGGUAGACAGUAUUCCACGACAGGGCUGCUUUUCUGGUUUAACACUGAUUUAGUCUGCCUGAACAGUGAACUCUGCACCUCUUAUAUAAGCUGAAUCAAUCCAUAGUAUUUUCGUUAACUGCCAGUCCACACUGUGUUCUGCUAAACUUGACCUGUCAUUCUUGGCUUUUUUUUAAAAAGUGGUGUUUAUACAUUAUGUAAUAAAAAUUAAAAACUUAAUAGAUA